UGAUUUUGGAUUUUACUAUUUUUGGUUACCACGGUAUUCAAAUGUUUUUAUGGUACAUGAAACCAUUCUAUGACUGGAUAUCACAGACUAGAGAACUACAAACUAGGAACCUACGUCAAGUUUCUUUCCCGUCGGAUUCUUGAUUUUGGUUCAGUCAUGAAGUACAACAAAUUAGUAACCUCCGAUAGGAGUAAAUGUCGGAAGAGGCAUUUCACUGCCCCUUCUCACAUUAGGAGGAAAUUGAUGUCUUCUCCUUUAUCUAAAGAAUUGAGACAGAAAUACAAUGUCCGCUCAAUGCCCAUCAGAAAAGACGAUGAAGUUCAAGUCGUUCGUGGUCAUUACAAAGGACAGCAAGUAGGAAAAGUUGUUCAAGUCUACAGAAAAAAAUUCGUAGUUUACAUUGAAAGGAUCCAAAGAGAAAAAGCUAAUGGAGCCAGUGUAUAUGUAGGAAUUGACCCUUCCAAGGUGGUGAUUGUGAAGCUCAAAAUGGACAAAGACCGUAAAAAUAUUAUUGACCGAAGAGCUAAAGGACGUGCUCUUGCUCUUGGCAAAGAUAAGGGAAAAUAUAAGGAAGCAGCAUCUGCUGUAGAAACAUCUUAGAUAUAUUUUUCUUUUAUAAAUAAAACACUAAGUUAAACAAG